AUGGCGCCAGGCAAGACGCACCCAGGACGGUCGCUGGCAGACCAGCUGGCGGAUCUCGAAGAUCCGACUCCCAAGGCAAAGCUGCGGAAGCAGGACCCGGCUGCACUGGGAAAACAAUACGCAGGUGCACGGGUUAGUCGGGCUGCCCUUGAGGCAGACAGUGAUGACGAUCCAUUUGCGGCACUUACCGAUGAGAGUGAUCAAAGCGUCAGCGAUGAGAUUGAGUCCUCGAGCGAGGAGUCGUCCACCGGCCCUAGUGGGCCCGGAGACGGAACAGCGGAGCACUCAGAACACAACUCAAAGACAGGCCAAAUAGGCGGGAAAUCCACGCUGCCGAAAAAGAAGGCCUCGAAAAACAAAGAAACAACCGUGACAUCACAAUCCCCGUCAAGGUACCAGAUAGUAUCGUCACACAACUCGUCCACGAGCCGAGGGAAAGAGGACCUCACCACCUCGGCGGAUGAGUCCGACUCAGAAUCGGUACUCCUCCCCUCCAUAUCGGAUGACGAGCUCGACAUUGUCGGGGAUGAGGGUAUCAUCGGGGAUCAGCUCGGUGAGGUUGUCGAGGACGUCGAAAUGGAAGACUUCGACGUAGACACGGACGAUGUUCUUGGAGAGGCACAGGAUGAUGAUGUGUCGGACGAAGCGGAUAAUCAGCAGGGAGCACAGGCAGAGGGCCGCGAUGCAGAAGGUAUGGAGGAUGAUGAAGAUGAGCGGCUCAACAAGAAAGGCAGCAAGCGGGUCCAUUUCAAGAAGUCUCGGUCGAACGAAACGACGGAUGAUCGGGAAGAAUUACGAAAGCUGAUGGCCUCUGAUCAGAAGACCAUCGCGGCAACGAUCUCACAAGCUGCCAAGGCAGAUGCGGCAAAGGGGAGGGCAGUCAAGGAGCAACGUACAGUGUUUGACGCUUUGUUGAACACGAGGAUCAAGCUUCAGAAAGGCUUGACGGUGAUGAACGAAGCGGUCGGGGUGAUUGGGGAAGAGGAUGAUGGGGUGGAAGGAGAAGGGGAAAAGGAAAAGGAAGGGAACGGGGAGGCAAUCAAGGCCGCUGAAUCGGCAGCCCUCGCCCUAUGGUCUACGCUGGAGGAGCUACGUCUCGCAUUAACUGUAUCCCACGCCAAAGACGAGACCAAAAAACGCAAGAGACUUUCCUCCGUCUCUUCAACGACUUCCUUGCCAUCCCUCUGGACACGCAUGGAGGAGCUGGAGGCCGAGUCUCGCGCCCAUCGUCGUGCUGUGCUCGAUAAGUGGUCUGUCAAAGUGCGAGGCGGCUCCACAUCUCUCCCCAAUGCCCGAGGCAAGCUUCUGGGCUCUGCCUCUGGCCAGCAAACCAUCACUACCGUCCUCGAUGCGCACAUUGCCACAGAAAUCGGAGAACGCGCUCCCAAACGUUCUCGCCAGUCAGAUGGUCACCAUGAGCCUGUUUACGACGACACCAUUUUCUACCAGUCCCUUCUUCGAGACCUCGUCGAGCAACGAAUGUCCUCAUCGGACGCCAUGACCAACGGUCUGGACACUCUUCACCAACUGCCGUCUCGUCUGCCCAUUCACCCCGUCACUGGUAUGCGUAACGACAAGGUGAAGCGCGACAUCGACACUCGCGCCUCCAAAGGCCGCAAGAUGCGAUUCAAUGUUCACGAGAAGCUGCAGAACUUCAUGGCCCCGGAAGAUCGUGGCGCGUGGGCUACUCGGGCCCGCGACGAGUUUUUCGCCUCUCUGCUUGGCAAGACAGCCAGUGGCCUGCUGGGUGAGGGAGACGAGAGUGCCAGUGGCGAGGACAGUGAUGAUGACCGUGAAGAGAGCGGAUUGAGACUGUUUCGCACCUAA